UAACAGAUGCCAGCAUCAAUCACGGUCUAUCUCUCUAUCUCUCUCUCUCUCUUCAUCCUUCUCUAGAGAUUCGGUCCGUUCUAUUCAAAAUGACCACCACCCCAAACACCACCCAGGCACUUGUCCUGCACGGUGCUAAAGACCUCCGCCUAGAAUCCCGCCAUCUCUCCCCUCCAACCAGCACGGAAGUGCAAAUUGCCAUCCGCGCCACCGGCCUCUGCGGCUCCGACCUACACUACUACACACACGGCCGGAAUGGCGACUUCGUGGUGCGCUCACCGAUGUGUCUCGGGCACGAAUCCUCCGGAAUCAUCACAGCCAUCGGGCCGGACGUAACCACGCACCGAGUCGGAGAUCGGGUCGCCCUGGAAGUCGGAAUCCCCUGUCGAAAAUGCCCCCUCUGCCACCAAGGCCGUUAUAACAUCUGCCCGGAGAUGAAAUUCCGAAGCAGCGCCAAGAGCUAUCCGCAUCUCGACGGCACCCUGAUGGAACUGACCAACCACCCCGCCGACCUGUGCCACCCGCUCCCGGACACAGUCUCAUACACGGGCGGCGCGCUCGUCGAGCCCCUGGCCGUGUGUCUGCAUGCCAUUCGACGCUCCCACCCACCCACAGAGGAGGAGGUACAGCUCACGCAAUCGCUGACCGGCGAACAGACCUCGGCGCUGAUCUUCGGGGCCGGCGCCAUCGGUCUCCUCCUGGCGUCCGCGCUCGCCACCUCGGCGAGUUUCUCCUCCAUCGUCGUCGCGGACAUCGAUGCCUCGAGGCUGGCCAUCGCCGAGUCCUUGGGUCUGGGGCUGAAGACGGCGCUGAUUCCCAGGGCGGAUCCUGCGAAUCCUCCGCCCGCGAAAGAUGCCCCGCCCGCGGAGCAGACAGCGUACGCGCUGCAGAAUGCGCAGCGCGUGGCGGACGUGUUGAAGCGGUCGGUGUCUUCGGGUGGUGCUGGAUUUGCCCGUGUCUAUGACUGUACGGGCGUGCCGGCAUGCGUGCAGGCCGGGAUCUAUGCCGCCGCCGCCGGGGCGGUGUUGGUGCAAAUCGGCAUGGGGAAUCCUGUGCAGACGCUCCCUGUGGGCGCGGCGGCCUUACGCGAGGUGGAUAUUAUCGGCGUGUUUCGGUACGAUGGGUAUGCGUAUCCGGCGGCGAUUGAGCUCAUGGCGAGUGGGAAUCUGGAGACCGUGGAGCGGUUGGUCGUCACGCAUCAGAUCAAGCUGGCGGAUGGGGAUCGGGCUUUCGCGCUGGCUGGGAAGGGGGUGGAUGAGGAUGGGAAGCCGGUUAUUAAAGUAGUGAUUGAGAGCUAA